GAAAGAUAUCCCUGGACCUAAGGGUGUUCCUAUAUUUGGAAAUUUAUUCACACUUAUGUUUAAAAAAAAUACUUAUAUUGAAUUCGAACAAGAAAUGGAAAAUAAAUAUGAUCCUAAUUUUAUCAAAACGUCUCAAGAAUUGCUUGGAGAUGGAAUAUUUCUGGCUGAGGGGUCUGUAUCUUAUCAACAGUUUCAAGGAAAGAAAUUUAGAAAUCUGACUUAUGCAUCUAUAAUUCGAAAAUCUGAAAUCGUAAUAAAUGCUUUAAAAAAGUAUGCAGAUAGUGAAAACCCUAUUGAUUUAAAAGACUUAUUUUUCAGAUUUACUAUAGAUACUAUUGGAGAUUUGGCAUUUGGUGUGGAUUUUGGAUGUCUAACCCAUAUUGGUGAAGAAUCAAAAUUUGUUACUAAUUUUGAAUACAUUCAAAAAAGAAUACAUGAAAGAAUGUUUGAACCUUUCUGGAAAUUAACAGAAAAAUAUAGUGAAAAAGGUCAACAAAUGCGUGAAGCUUUAAAAUAUAUUGAUAACUAUGUAUAUAAUAUGAUAAAUAGUCAUAGAUCCGAGCUUGAAGUUGAGAAGAAACCAGUUAACAAUAUGUUAACUUUGCUUAUGGAUGCUGUUGAUGAUGAUGGUAAAAAAUUUAAUGAUAAAGAGUUGAAAGAUAUUGUAAUGAGUCUCAUUAUUGCUGACUCAUUGCUUCAAGAAAUUAAUUCACUUCUCUCUACAGAAAGGCCUAUCCCAUUAUAUAAUGAUAUUAAAUUAUUUAAAUAUGCUACAGCUACGCUUUAUGAAACUCUUCGGUUACAUCCUUUUGUUCCCGUAAAUGGGAAG